UGCAAUUUAAAAAAUAAUAAAUAAAACAUCUUUGUGCAUUCUCGAUAAAAAUUAAAUUUUAAGGUUAUGUGAAAAUGGAGGAUAAUUGACAGCUGGCUUUGUGAUUAUUACAUAUUUUUCUCAAAAAAUCUAAGUUCAGACUCUCGUAAUGUGAAUCAUUUGCCACGAAAACAGUGUUAUUUAGCUUAGGAUGAUUGGAUUGUGGUCUUGGCGAUCAAGUUGGCUCGGAAAACUUGGUUUAUUGUUACUUGUUGCAUGGCUUAUUGUGCUCAUUGUAUCAGUUUCUCAGGUGUACAAAACAAGUUCAUCGUCUUCAUUUAGUGAUUCAGUUAAUAGACAAAAUGAUCAACGACUUGUACAAAUGGCUAGCGAUUUUGAAAUUCUCAAAAAACAGAAUGAAGCACUGCGAAACAUCAUUAUGGGAGAUGAAAUAAAGUCCAUAAAAGGGGAUCAUUUAGGUUUAAUUUUAGAUCAAUUGGAAAAGGCUUCUAUUUAUCCUGAUCCUGUGGGUUCUCAUGGAAAACCUUCCUUUGAAUAUGAGGAAUUAAAGAGACGCGUACGGAACAAUAUUCAAGAAAUGUGGUAUUACAUUAAUGCAGAAUUGAAUAGAAUUAAGAAACGCGCACACGAAUUACCUUUCGAAAGUGAAUUGCAAGACGCAAUAAAAAACGUAUGGGAACAUAAAAAAUCUCUUUUAAUAGAUGUAGAUAGAUUGACAAAAGCUGACGGUCAUGAUGAAUGGCGUGAAAAAGAAUCGAAAGAAUUAUCUGAUUUGGUUCAGAGGCGAUUUACGUAUCUUCAAAAUCCGAAAGACUGUAGUAAAGCAAAAAAAUUAAUAUGUAAUUUAAACAAAGGCUGUGGAUUCGGUUGUCAGAUUCAUCACGUGGUCUACUGCUUCCUGGUAGCAUUCGGUACGGAAAGGACAAUGAUUCUGAAAUCAAAGGGCUGGCGCUAUCACAAGGAAGGAUGGGAUUCAAUUUUCAAGCCUUUGAGUGAGACAUGUUUAUCGACGAGCGGUGACUCGUAUGCUAAUUGGCCAGGCGAUGAGAACGUGCAAGUGAUCUCAUUGCCUAUUGUCGACAAUGUACAUCCAAAACCGCAAUAUCAACCUCCAGGUGUUCCUGCCGAUCUAGCGCCACGUUUAGAGAAACUUCAUGGACAUCCCCUCGUUUGGUGGGUGGGACAAGUAUUAAAAUUCCUCAUGAAACCGCAAGACGACAUAAGUAAAGUCCUCGAGGAAGCUAAAGAGAAACUUAGAUUUAAAAAACCAAUCGUCGGCAUUCACGUUCGACGAACCGAUAAAGUUGGAAGUGAAGCCGAUUUUCACGAUAUCGACGAGUAUAUGACAAAAGUUGGCCAAUAUUUCGAUAGUUUGGAGGAGCAACCAGAUGUGAGGAGAGUUUUCAUAGCCAGUGACGAUCCAAAAGUUAUUCCAUCGGCUAGAAAUCGUUAUCCUUCCUACGAGAUAAUUGGCGAUCCUGCAAUUGCUGAGACAGCAUCUGUUUCACGACGUUAUUCCGAUGUUUCGUUACACGGAAUUCUCAUUGACAUUCAUCUUCUUUCAUUGAGUGAUUUUCUCGUUUGUACAUUCAGUUCACAAGUUUGUCGUGUCGCUUAUGAAUUAAUGCAAACAUAUUACGUCGAUGGUUACAAUCGUUUUGCAUCCCUCGACGAUGUCUAUUAUUACGGUGGACAAAAUUCACAUCCAAGUAUUGCAAUUUUGGAUCAUAAGCCAAGGAAGGGCGAUGAAAUUGAAUUGAAAGUCGGUGAUCUAGUCGAAGUACUUGGAAAUCAUUGGAAUGGUUUUUCAAAAGCUCGUAAUUUACGAACCAAUUCAAAGGGAUUGUAUCCUAGCUUUAAAGUUGUUAAUCGAGUAAAGAAAGUAGACUUUCCCAAGUAUUCAAAUGUGCCCUUACGUGAAAUUAAAGUAUAGUGAUAAAUUAAUUCUAAACGAAAAAGAUUGAUACGUUAAGUUUAAUUUAUUUAAUUAAUUAAAUUAGCCUUUACGUUAUAGAUUAACAAUCAUAUAGUUCUUCAUUGUGAUCUAUUUGUUAAAAAUGAAAAAUAAUUUUUAAUCUUUCUGUUAUAAUCAUGUUCGAGUGACAUUCAUGAUUAUAACGAUGCGUUUUGAAUAAUUUUUCAAAUUAGAAUUUAUUUAGUUUUUUUUUAAUUCUUUUUAAUAUACAGUAUGUUACAUAAUGUAUUUUCUAAUCUAUCUCAGAUAUUUUUCUAAGAAAUAAUUAUAUAUUUUUGCUUAGAAAAAGAAUUAAUUCGUGAGACGUGGGUAUAUGUGCAAAAAAAAAGAAACGAAACAUUUUUAAGUUUUAAUAAUCAGUACUUGAUAUUUUGAAAAUAUUGAUUUAGUCGUCCAAAGAUUUCAUUAUUUUGUAUUAUUUUGAAAAUAUCUGUAGAAAGUUGAAAUGCCGUUAAAAUUACAGACUUGUCAAAUCUUAAUAGAGACUGAAUUGUGAAAAAUUCUGCUGAAAAUCAUUGUAAAAGAAAGUCAAUAUUCUCUUUUCUUAAUAAUUGUAUAGUCGCUAAAAAUAAUAGUUAAAGAAAAAAGUAAAAUAUAAAUAAUGUUUUGCAAAUGUAGAAUUAUGAAGAAGGUAAUUGGUAAAUUUUUUUAUUAUAUUUGUUAUAUAAUAAAAUAAAAUAAAAUGAAACAAUAUUGCGAUAUUAUAAUGAUGAUAAUUAUAAUAAUAAAUUAGUAUUACUUGUGAAUUAAAUCAAUUAGUAUUUUAAUAUAAAUUUUUGACUUAUUGGAAUAUUUUAAUGCCGAUUCCUUCUUCUAAUUGCAAAUUUAUUAUAAAAUACGAGCUUUUUGAAAAUUUCAUCGUAUAAAUUAUAACUUUGCCAUUAAUUAGUGUAGAAUAAUGGAUUUUAUGUUUAUUAUAAAAUUGUGUUUUUAGUUUAUAUAAUGCCCUUUACCAAAUAUGUAAAUUGACAUAUAUUAAAAAAAGCUCCCUUUCAAUCUUCGAGUAUUAGAAAAUUGUUUAUGUCAGAGCUUAGCGUGCAAGGGCAAAUCAUUCUUGUAUAAAAUAACUUUGAAUGCUGUACAUGUUUAUAAAACAUGGAUAUCGAGCUGGGCUUGACGCCUGUUUUUACUAUAAUUAGAAUUGUUCUUGUAUACAUAUUGUAAUAUAUUUUAUACUAUGAGGCAAAUAAGAAUUAUUGUAUGACUGAUUUUGGUUUUCAAUAAUAAAUAUUUAAUUAUAAAA